CAAAAAGAUAACCAUAAUAGAACUAGUUCUCAUAAACAUUUUUACUUUAUGUAAGAGAUGACAAACAACGGGUGGCUAUCUCGCUUGCGAGGAAGAACGGGUAGAUCACGGAAAGAAUACAACGAAGACAGCUUUAGUGGCAAGCCAAACGUUAACAGAGAAUACCUCAAAGCAUUCAGAACAAAGUCUUACGUUGAAAUAUGCAACAAAGCCCAAGGACAGCUUGGAGAGACAAGCACGAGAGGAGGACUCUUUUCAUUCUCUUCUUCACCGUCUUCCCCUCCUUCAUUCAUGAAUCUUACGGAAUAUUUGCUGGAACCGCGUCAAGAAAUUAUAACAAACAUCACGAAGAGUUUCAAGGUUCAUCAUCUUCUGGUGGAUUACUUUGAAGCCAGCUUAGAAGCAUGCCGUUGUUGUGACAAAAUCCUUGAAGGUAUCCAUAAAACGCGACUUGCUUAUGGAAGAGUUACAAAGAUUGUUAAGCUAAGCAAAAGAGUAAUAGGUGGUGGAACAGAUAUUAUUGGAGAUGACCAAUCCCCUAAGGUUAUCAUCUAUAGAGAGCUUGCUUCCUUCGUAUUGCAAAAUAACCCUUUGUCCAGAAUUAGCCCCGUGAAGUUCCGUGACAUUCACGACAGACACAUGUUGCUUCUAAAUAGAUUAAAAACAAAGAGAGAGAAAAUUCGAAGAGGAUUAACAAUAAAGAGAGUUUUGAAGAAGGUUGGAGGAAUUGGUUUAGUCAUUUCGCAUAGCGCUCUUCUGGUGGCUUUACUAGUCUUAGCGUUGCAUAGCAUAAUUGGGUUGGUGGCUGCACCUUGUAUAGUGGGUAGCGUAUUUUGUUUGUUUAAGAAAGGGUUCAGGUGGGUUCAUAAGAGGUUCAGAACAAGUUCUUCUAAAAGACUAUACGAGCAACUUGAUGUUGCUGCGAAAGGGGUUUAUAUACUGAUCAAUGACUUGGAUACUAUGAGCCGUAUGGUUAAUAGGUUGCACGAGGAGGUAGAACACCGAAGAGAGGUUGCUGAUAUCUGUGUGAAGAGUGAAAAUGGUGAAAUACUUAAGGAGGUUGUGAGGGAAUUUCACGAUUACGAAUCUAACUUUCUUGAUCAGUUGGAAGAGCUUGAAGAGCAUAUCUACUUGUGCUUUCUCACCAUAAACAGAUCUAGAAGACUAGUUUUGCAAGAAAUUACGGACAAACAACAACGUUAACAAAAAUUCGAUACCACUCUUUUCCUUUCAUCUUUGUGGAUAUGUUUUGGGGGCCGCAUGAGUCAAGUUCAAUGAGAAACUUCUGCGCGGUGUCACACCCACCGUUCGGAUAGGAAGCGUGAAUUUCACGAGUGGAUUUUUCUUCCCUUCGCUGCCCGGGUGAUUUUGACAAGUGUUCAUUGUUUCAAUUUUCAAAUAGUCAUUUUAAUUCUUUGAUUUGCCAACAACAUAUCAAUUAACAUUUCAUAAAAUAAAAACCAAGCGUUCACAUUAAGUAGUAGUGAUUUUUAUUAAGA